UAUUUCUUGCUCAUAAUUAUGGUGCUUUUGAGUUGAGUGCUCAACGCUUAUCAAAUAAAUUCUAGUGCCGUCCAUUUGUUUUCAUUAAUUUUAUUUUGUGACACAGAAAGUGAUUCUAAUACUCGAUUUUUAUAUUUACAGGAAAAACAUGGCAACAAACUAUGCUAAAUAUGCACAAUUAAUCAAUGCUUCCACAAAUUACGCUCGUCGUAUGAAACGAUUGUCGAAUAGAAUUUUUGGAGAAGUAGCGAUACCCACCAACUCGAAAUCAAUGAAGGUUGUCAAGAUAUUUUCUCAACGUCCCUUACAUACUAAUGAAGAGAUAAUUCAUUACUAUCCUCGUCAUGUAGAGACUCAUGCCUUAAUGUUAAAACUUAGAGAAUAUGGGCUCUAUCGUGAUGAGCACCAAGAUUUCAAGGAUGAAAUGAAACGAUUACGUGAACUGAGAGGCAAAGUAAAAGUGUGGCGAAGAAAAUUAGAUGAAAAGAAAGAAUAAAUUUAAUAGAUUCAGAUAGUUUUAAGUAGUGUAAAUAAAUGCCUUUAUCUUCAUUCUCU